AUGAUAGUUGCUGCUGCACCUGCUGUGUCCCCACGGUUCCCAAACGGCUCGAAAACCGUAACAAUUCAGAUGUUUCAAUGGUCAUGGAACAGUAUUGCUGCAGAGUGUACUAACUUUAUUGGCCCCGCUGGAUACGGAUUCGUUUCUCCCCCAGCUGAGCAUGUCGUUGGCUCUCCUUGGUGGACUGAUUAUCAACCUGUAUCCUACAUACUUACUUCUAAGCGGGGAGAUCGAACCCAAUUUGAGAAUAUGGUUACUGCUUGCCAGAACGCCGGAGUUGGUGUCAUCGUCGAUACAAUCUUUAACCAUAUGUCGGGGGCCGAAAGUUGGAAUGGUACAGCUGGGACCUCGUUUACGCACUAUAAUUACCCUGGCACAUACCAGUUUCACAACUUUCACCACUGUGGCCUGCAACCCGGAGAUGACAUUGUUGACUUUAGUAAUCGCCUCGAAGUCCAAACCUGUGAACUUCUCAACUUAGCCGAGUAUGGUAUCCUCUUACUUAAUUCGUACAAUCGAUAUCAUCUCAUAGAUUUUUGGCUCAGCCUGGCCACCGAUACGGAGUACGUACGCGGACGACUUGCAGCUUACGCGAACGAUUUGUUAUCUCUGGGAGUGGUGGGUCUGCGCCUAGACGCUGCGAAGCAUAUUCCCACCGGUGAUAUCGCUAAUAUUCUUGGUCGCCUUAACUCGAAGCCAUAUAUUACCCAAGAGGUUGUUAUUUACGUAGAGGAAGAGCCAGUAAAACCCUCGGAAUACACUAACAAUGGAGAAGUUCAGGAAUUUCGUUAUACGACAACCCUCCAGAAUGUGUUCCAAAGUGGCGAAAUAUCCUCUCUAAAAGAUCUCGAUAGUAGAGGAUGGAUUGCAUCCAGUGAUGCCAAUUCUGGGUUGAUCUACACACUGGCUCAUAUAUUCAUGCUUGCAUAUCCAUACGGAACUCCGACAGUGCUGUCUUCAUACGAAUUCUCAAACUAUGAUACCGGUAGUCCCUUGAAUGGCACUGGAUCUUGCACCGAGACUGGCGGCGCGGACGGAUGGUUAUGUCAACAUCGGUGGACAGCGAUUACAGGAAUGGUAAAGUGGCGAAAUGGAGUAACUGGAAAUGUGAGCAACUGGAUCAAUGGGACAAAUCAACAGAUUGCUUUUGGUCGUGGAUCGAGCGGAUUCGUAGCAAUCAAUAACGCUAACUCGCCAUGGACUUGUACAUUCUCAACGCCUCUUGCUGCCGGUACCUAUUGUGACAUGAUUUCUGGCGAAUUGGGGACUGCUGGAACGUGCACAGGAGCCUCGUAUACAGUCUUCAGGGGCAAUUUCAUUGCAACCAUUGCUGCAAAGUCCGCGGUCGCUCUAUUCUCUGGAGCUCAGCACUAA